AGAGGCACUUGGGUGUCACACAUUAAUUGCUUCGUAGAAAAAAUUGAACAUGAGAGAUUGGGACGUGAGAACAUGCGGAGAAACGCGGUGUAGGAAAGAUGUUGAAGGGCUCUCUCAACCAUAUCUCAUAAAUGCUCUCUCUACUCACUAUAUAGUAUAUAUAGUGUUAGUAGCUAGUCAAGUGAGCUAUAACAAUUGUAUACAUCACUAAACAAGAUAUUAGAAAAUAUAUCAAAGAUAUGGGGAAAGUAUCUCUUUGGUUUUUGAGUUUGAUGUUUGUAGUGGUGGUGAUAGGGGUUGUGGAGUGUAGGAGACUUGACAAGGAGACGUUAGGUGGCGGUGGUGGUGGAAUUGGCGGCGGUUUUGGUGGCGGCAAAGGUUUUGGAGGAGGAAUUGGUGGCGGGGGAGGUGCCGGUGGAGGUUUUGGUGGUGGUGUAGGAGGAGGCCAUGGCGGCGGUCUAGGAGGUGGCCAUGGUGGCGGUCUAGGAGGUGGCAUUGGUGGAGGCCACGGUGGAGGUAUUGGUGGCGGUGCUGGUGGAGGGCUCGGAGGAGGCCACGGUGGAGGUAUUGGUGGUGGUGCCGGUGGAGGUGCUGGUGGUGGUCUAGGAGGCGGUGCUGGUGGAGGUAUUGGUGGUGGUGCCGGUGGAGGUGCUGGUGGUGGUCUAGGAGGUGGUGCAGGAGGCGGUGCUGGUGGAGGGCUCGGUGGAGGCCACGGUGGAGGUAUUGGUGGUGGUGCCGGUGGAGGUUCUGGUGGUGGUCUAGGAGGUGGUGCUGGUGGAGGAAUCGGAGGAGGGCACGGUGGAGGUAUUGGUGGUGGUGCCGGUGGCGGUGCAGGUGGAGGUGGAGGAUUAGGCGGUGGUGCCGGAGGAGGAUUUGGUGGUGGUAUUGGAGGAGGAGCUGGUGGAGGAACUGGCGGAGGAGCUGGGGGAGGAUUCGGUGGUGGUGCUGGUGGGGGUCACGGUGGAGGUGUUGGUGGAGGAUCAGGCGGAGGAUUUGGUGCUGGUGGUGGUGCCGGCGGAGGAGCUGGUGGAGGAUUCGGUGGUGGUGGUGGUGCCGGUGGAGGGUUUGGCGGUGGAUUUUAAAAUUUUAGUAAUUCAGUAUUCAUACAAAAUCUAUUCUUGGCUUGUACUAAGCUAGGGCUACUAGUUACUUAUGUACCAAGUCAUAUGAGAAGAAUGAUAUUUUUUUCUGAUUUACUUUGUAACGAUAACGAAAUUUUAAAUAUUUGAAACA